AGCAGAAAAAGUUGCAAAAUUAUUGAUAAAAUUACAAGAACUUCACAAAGUUCUCUAUAUAAUUCGAGGAAUUGUCCAAAUAUUGAUUUCUGUUCAGCUGUGAUCUAAAUCAGUAGAGACUGUUCGCAAUGGGUAUGUCGGAUUGGGAUGCUCUUCGGAAGCAAGCCCGUCACCUGGAGAAUGACAUCGACCUCAAGUUGAUUGCGUUCAACAAGGUCGGGACCGGUAGUAGUUCGCUAAACUCCGGCGGCGCAGCGGACACUUCACCGCUGCUGGGGGACCAUGUCUUCGAAUCGCUCUCGCUCGAGAUCGAACAGAUGCUGGAUCAGCUGUCGAACAUCAACGAGCGGAUGGCGGAGAUCCCCGGGACCGGAGCGGCGGUCAUGCACGUUCUCCAGCGGCAUCGGGAAAUUCUGCAUGGCUACCGGCAAGAGUAUCUGAAAAUUCAGGCAAAUCACACUACACGAAUGGAACGGGAGGAACUGUUGCGUGGAUCGGGGUUGGGCGGAACGACUUCACCAUCGACUUCCGGUUUGAGUCGAAGGGACAUGUAUUUGAAGGAGAACACACAUUUGCACAAUUCGAGCUCCAUGGUUAAUGACCAGAUUAGCAUCGCAAUGGAGACGAAGGAGCACUUGACUUCCCAGCGGCAGCACAUGAAGCGUUUCCAAACCAGAAUGCACGACAUUUCACAUCGUUUUCCAUUGAUAUCCAGCCUCAUUCAACGAAUUAACAUUCGCAAACGAAGAGAGUCACUGAUCCUAGGUGGAGUGAUUGGAGUCUGCACGAUCCUUCUGUUACUGUAUGCGUUUCACUGAUUGCUGCUGCAGCAUGUGUCGACGACCAGGUUUGUUACUAUGACGGUUUUCUUUGGCGCAAUAAUUUUUCAUUUCGCCACUAAUGUUGGGAUCGGAUGCGGAAACAUCAUUGUUGUAGAAAUUUUGCGUUUUUUUUUUUUCAACGAAAACCAAACUAAUCGAAAGGCAUUCAACACGGACGGGAAACAAAUGAUCGGUCGUUAUUUUGUAGUUAGAAAAGUUUUUAAAGGCGGUUACUCGGGUUAACGAGGCAAAUAAGUCUCGGUAGUAGCACCGAAAGAUAUAUGUGUAUUUAUCAUCCAAUUAUUAAGAAAUCAAUAAAGUAAGUCGCAUUAUGCCGACGUUUGUGAUAGGA